AUGGACAUUUCGGGUAUUGCAAAGACGUCAAAGACGUCGCGUCUGAAAUCGCAUGAGCUAAAACCCGAACAAUGCAUGUUUCUUGAUGAUCUCGGAAUUAAUCUCAAAGCGGCGAGAGCUUUGGGAAUAACAACAAUCAAGGUUACUUCUCCACCUGAAGCAGCUGACGAAGUGAGGAAUGCUUUGCGAGGUCUAUUCAAGCUUCCAUAG